UUGUUCAAAGUACUGUGGCCUCAAGUUGUUACUAGCCUGUUGCCACAAAAGUGUUUAUAGAAAUACUUAAGCAGUCACUUUUGUAAAAUUCUUGUAUGGUAUCAUUCUUACCAUCACUUCACAUCCUUCUCCGAGGUGAUUCAGUUCUUCCGCAGGGAUGUGGCCUAUAGGGCAUAUUACAUUGUAGAGUCAUGAGUCAUAAGAACCUUUGCAGAACUCGCCAGGCACACUAUAAAUUCAUCCUACCCUUCAUGUGAACUGCAGAAGCCUUGGAGACACCCAGAGCAGCAGUGUUUCUCCCUGCACAAAACAAGCUUCAGGACAAUGGAUACACUGAACAAAGCAAACACAAGCUUUGCUCUUGACUUUUUCAAACAGCAAUGUCAGGAAGAUGGUGACAAGAAUAUUUUGUUCUCUCCUUGGAGUAUUUCAUCUGCCCUGGCUACUGUUUAUUUGGGAGCCAAAGGCAACACAGCAGAUCAGAUGGCAAAGGUACUUCACUUUAACAAAGCUGAAGGAGCCAAAAAUGUCACCACAACCAUAAGAAUGCAUGUCUACUCCAGAACAGAAGAGAGUCUAUCCAAUCGACGUGCAUGUUUCCAGAAGACAGAGAUUGGAAAAUCAGAUAAUAUCCAUACUGGGUUUAAAGCACUCAGCUUUGAAAUCAACCAACCCACUAAAAAUUAUGUACUUCAAAGUGUCAACCAGUUAUAUGGAGAAAAAUCAUUGCCUUUCAGUAAGGAAUACUUAUUGUUAGCCAAGAGAUAUUACAAUGCAGAGCCACAAUCAGUCAACUUUGUGGGAGCAGCAGAUGAAAUCAGGAGACAGAUCAAUUCCAGUGUUGAGCAACAGACUGAAGGUAAAAUUCAAAAUCUACUGCCUUCUGGAUCUGUAGAUUCACUCACCAGGCUAGUCCUGAUAAAUGCACUCUACUUCAAAGGAAAUUGGGCAACAAAAUUUGAAGCUGAAGCUACAAGGCAAAGGCCUUUCAGAAUAAACAUGCAUACAACUAAACCAGUGCCCAUGAUGUACCUGAGGGAUAAAUUUAACUUAAACUACAUAGAAUCAGUUCAGGCGGACGUUCUUGAGCUUCCAUACGUCAAUAACGACCUCAGCAUGUUUAUCCUGCUACCAAGUGACAUCUCCGGCUUACAAAAGCUAGAAAGAGAAUUGACCUUUGAAAACUUGUCUGCAUGGACCAAUCCAGAACUAAUGGAAAAAAUGAACAUGGAAGUUUAUCUGCCCAGGUUCACAUUAGAAGAGAAAUAUGACCUCAAAUCUACUUUGAGCAGGAUGGGGAUACAAGAUGCCUUCACAAAAGGUCAAGCUGAUUUCACAGCAAUGUCCAAGACUGGUGAUCUCUUUUUGUCCCAAGUUUUUCACAAGUGUUACCUGGAAGUCAAUGAAGAAGGCACAGAAGCAGCAGCUGCCAGUUCGGCAACACUGACAUCACGAAGCCUUGGUGCUACUGUUAUCUUUUUGGCAGAUCACCCUUUCCUCUUCUUUAUCAGGCACAACAAGACAAAGACCAUCCUCUUCUUGGGAAGGUUUUCUUCCCCCUAGAAACUCGAUUACUAAACAGGUUAUUGCAACAAGAAAAAUGAACUAAAUACACACCACAAGGAACAUCUCAAUAACCUGUGCACUUCUUAAUUUUCCUGUACUGUUGACAAAUCUCUCAAUGUUAGAAGAGAGUAUUUCUGAAAAAUAACCUCAAAUUUAUGCCUCUGGCUCAUUUCCAUGGCCAAAGAACCCCAGAAUGCUAGCACUACAUGCUAAGUUCCAAACUGUGCAAAGAAGAACGUUACUUUGUCUUUUCAGCACUUUCUGAACCAAAACUUCCACAAUUCAGUACAGACUGAGUUGAGCUCAACAAGUAAUUUUAAAGUUUUGAUGCCUAAGACAAAAAAAAACUCCAGGAAAAUCUUCUUGCAGAAUGCUUCUGCAUCUCCAUUGGUUUCAGCUCAUGCUGAUCCCAAGGCAGGCUACUCACCCACAUUCUUGUCAGUUUUUUACCAACUUUGCAGCCUGGCAGAACUGGAUAUGAAAUAAACCAGUAACACAAAAUUGCCUUUGUUCCUAAUAGUGGUGCUUCCUUCUUGCUCAAAAAGGAGCUAACAUGUGUACUUUCUAAUCUCUGUCCCACAGCAGUUGGAAAAUAUUUAACAACACUAUAAAACUAGGAAAAUAAAACACAUGUGCCUCACAACCUUCUCCUUUGUAAACUUUCAUCCUUCCAACACUACUUCCAGCCUAGCACUGUACUGCUUUGCUCUCAUUUUACUUUGCUACUUAUUCACUGGUUUGAGACAAGAUCAAAUGGGAGAAUCAAGUCUAAUAGUAAUACAAGCAAUACUAAUGGCUAUAAGUACCUUCUGGAAGAUGAAUGUGAAUCUCCCAGAUCAUAUUUACUCCUGUCACUGCUCAUUCUCCUAAGAGAGUGUCCUGAUCAGUCAUGCAUGUUUGCAGGGAAUGCUCCUGACUACCUGAAUUCACAACAGAGAGCAAAGAACCAGGUUUUGUAAUGGACUGACACAUCACCACCAGCAUCUUAUUACAAACACAUCUUGAAACAGCAGGACUCCAUUUUCCUGGCAGAGAAGACACUGCAGACCGUCCUUGAGUCCCUUCUCUUUACUAUAAAGUGGUCAGCUGCUCCCAGGGUCCCAUCUGGCUCUGCUUCCCAAAUGGGAAGGAACAUAGGAAAAGUGUUAUGAAACUCUUGCUUUAUACUAUUCCUAUAGAGCCCCAAGAGAAAUGCCUUCUGCCUGUCUCAGUCAUGAAAAAUGACACUAGAUCCCUGUGCAUUCAGAUCCAAUUCUGCCAUGCUGUCCUUCACCUCAUGGAAGAGCAGCAUGUCCCCAUGGAUAAGAUUGUUAAGCAUUUCCUGAUAUGCCUUGGGAAUAAAGACAGAAAAGCCACACCUGGAAGGUCAAGGAGAAACAAAACCAUGUCAACAUGAACACAGACUCACUCAGGCCUGUAAAGUCAAUGGAAGUGUCAGCCAUCUUUUCUUUCUCCUUAUUUUAAGCAUGGUUGCAAAGAUUACACAGUUGAUGUCUUUUGGCAGUGCCAUAUCGUUACUGAGUGGCAAUGGCCACAACACAUGCAAAGUGAGUUGUACAUUAGGGAACAACCUUUUCCCAGGGUGAAUAGCAGUGCUAGAAAUGUGGAAUCCUCAUCCUUGGAAGGGCUGUGGCUAACUUUAUCUACUCACAGUCCUGCUCCAAGCAGGAUGUUGAUCUCUGGACACUCCUUUCAAUUAAUAUCUGUGAUUUUUUUUCCUCUCUUGUCAAAAACCACUCUGCCUUGCCAUCUCCCUUUCCUAUUCUGCAUGGCAUGCUUGCAUCUUGACUAGCAAAGGCAACUACCUUGUUCACAGUAUAUAUCUUUGGGACUUGGGAGUCUCCUGGCUUGGGUUUUCUCACCACCUAACCAUUCAGCUGACUUUUCCCCUAUCCAGAUUUUUUGAGAACUUGCCAUACUAAAACUAGCACUUGUUUAAUUUCUGGCAUUUCUUCAUUGCCUUGCACAACACUGAUUUUUGACAUUUUUUAGAAUUCAAGACCCACUGUAUUCCUGUAAUGAGGCUUGCAGUAAAAUGCUUAGCACACAUUGCAAUUUCCUUCCUUUCCUGCACCUUCCCCUGCUCUCUAAAGUCUUAGAGUUGUUGUCACCAUGUUCUUCUUCCAUCACUGUCUUUCUUCUGGGACUUCAAAGUGACAGCUCUUGUGCCAUGUUUACCUCUCUUGUUUCUCUCUGUCUUUGCUUGAGCCCACCCACUAGGGUUGUUUCAAUUCUUACCCUCCUCCUUACUCUGCAGUAACUCAGGGUUUUGCAGUGUUUGUCUCAAAUGAUUCCCAGCCAUGACUGCAAUGAGAUUUCUUCACCAACACAACCAGUGGGGUGUCCAUACCAUACCCUCCUUCAUAGUUUUGCCUCUGUCUGUGUUCCUAAUGAUAUUCAGCCUGAAGCUGGACUCCUAGUAUCCAAUUUAAUCACUAAGAUUGGUGUUUUAUGCUGAGGUACUGCAUUUGAAACCCAGGACACGCAGAGAGGAGAAUCAGAUCCUCAAUGUCUGCUUAAAUCCAGAAGUCAAAACCAAGUUUUGUGUAACCUUUUAAAAAGUCACUCAUUUUAAACAACAGAGCAGUUAUCUCCACAACACCAGAAGACCUUCGUAAUCAGCAACUUGUUUUGCUAUCCUGUCAGUAGGCUAUUGU